AUGAACCCUCGACGAUGGAGAGGUGAAGAUGGGUGCUUGGAGGACCAAGAAGAAACGUCCCUGGCAGAUGAUCAAGCUGCCAAUGACAAUGAUGUUCACAACAUUGUCAUGUCAUAUCUUGCACAUAAUUGUUUAACAAAUACGUUUGAAUCAUUUACUGCCUCCACUGGCAUGAAGCAGACUGCUAAUCGUCUUGAGGAUAAGAGAAGAGAAAAAUUGGCGUUAGAAAGGAUGAUUUUGAAGGUCAUUGAACUUAUAGAGCAGUUUGCUCCCGGCUUGUUGGAGAAAAAUAAGAAUCUGCAUUUUGAUUUGUUGAGCCUUCAUUUUGUUGGACUUGUCUGCUCAAGAAAAUGCACAGAAGCUAUGAAAUUUGCGCAGGUAAAGUUGUCUCCUUUUGGAAAGGUGGAAAAACAUCUUAAAAAGCUUGAGGACUUCAUCGCUUUAUUAGCUUAUAAUGAGCCAAAAAAGUCACCCAUGUUUCAUCUAUUAAGCUUAGAGUACAGGGAGCAAGUUGUCGAUAGUUUGAAUAGAGCAAUACUUGAAAAUUCAAACCUCCUCAACUAUUCUGCGGUUAAAAGGUUGAUGCAAUAGACAACUGUCGUAAGGCAAUGCUUAAGUCAAGAAUCU